UUGUCAAAUUAUACCAAUCUGAUCAGGUAUUAGUAAUCUCCCAAUGCUCUUAACGUCAUUAUGUGGAGUCCCAUCCCGCAGGGGUUGAGUUGAGGUCACCUUCUUCGGAUUUUUUAACAUUUCCGCCUUUUGUAGUUUUGCAGUUUGUAGUUUGUAGUUUUGUACUUUGCCACAAUCCAGUCUCCCUACUCUCAAAACAACUACCAUUGCUCCUCAACACUUCUUUUAGCCUCACUCCCACCAAACCUGUUUACCAAUCUUUCUCAUUUUCUAAUCCAUUUUAAAUCUCAAAUCCUAAAUCUUUUUCUUUGCAGAACCAAUGGGUUUCUCCCAAUGGCUCUCUCUGACCUUCAUCUUUCAUGCGUUCCUGUCUCUGCCAAUUUCUUCAGAGCCCUUUCUUAGCCCUGAAGUGUUGCCUCAAAUUCCAGUUAACUUCCUUGACUUGGCUAAAAGCCCAGAGGUUUUUGAUUGGAUGGUGGGUAUUAGGAGGAAGAUACAUGAGAACCCAGAGCUUGGGUUUGAGGAAUUUGAGACCAGUAAGCUUAUUAGAGCCGAGCUUGAUCAGAUGGGCAUCCCUUACAAAUACCCAUUAGCUCAAACUGGUGUUGUUGGAUACAUAGGAACCGGUUCACCUCCUUUUGUUGCAAUCCGAGCGGAUAUGGAUGCUCUUGCUAUGCAGGAGAGUGUAGAGUGGGAGCACAAGAGUAAAGUCCCUGGGAAGAUGCACGCAUGUGGCCAUGAUGCCCAUGUUGCCAUGCUUCUUGGUGCUGCAAAGAUUCUUCAAGAUCAUCGCCUUGAGUUACAGGGAACGGUUGUACUCGUUUUCCAACCAGCUGAGGAAGGAGGUGGGGGAGCAAAGAAAAUGUUAGAUGAUGGAGCACUAGAGAAUGUUGAUGCCAUCUUUGGGAUACAUGUUGCUGCUUCUUACCCUAUUGGUACGGUGGCCUCCAGGUCUGGCCCUAUUUUGGCUGGGAAUGGUUUCUUUGAGGCAGUAAUAAGUGGAAAGGGAGGUCACGCAGCCAUUCCCCAGCACACAAUAGACCCAAUCUUAGCAGCUUCCCAUAUAAUUGUUAGUUUGCAACAUCUUGUUUCACGUGAAGCUGAUCCCUUGGAUUCACAGGUAGUUACAGUUGGAAAAUUCCAAGGAGGUGGUGCAUUCAAUGUUAUUCCAGAUUCUGUUACAAUUGGUGGCACAUUCAGGGCAUUUUCAAAGGAAAGCUUUAUCCAACUUAAACAAAGAAUUGAAGAGGUUAUCACGAAACAAGCCAGCGUACAGAGGUGCAAUGCAACUGUCAUCUUCAAUGAAAAUGAGAAGCCCUUUUACCCAGUGACUGUAAAUGACAAAGAUCUGCAUGAAUUCUUCCAAAAAGUUGCAGGGGACAUACUGGGCACCCAGAACAUAUUAGAUAAGCAACCGACAAUGGGAGCAGAAGACUUCUCAUUCUAUGCAGAGGUGAUUCCAGGAUACUUCUUCUCUCUAGGGAUGAAGAAUGAGACCCAAGGAAGGUUUGAAUCAGGGCAUUCACCCAACUUUAGGGUCAAUGAAGAUGCGCUUCCCUAUGGAGCAGCAUUACAUGCAUCAUUAGCCACAAGAUACAUCCUAGAGAAACAAUCCAAACUUAAUCCGCCAAAGGGAAGCAUUCAUGAUGAACUGUGAGUGCUUAUACUGAUAUAAAGCACAGUCAGAGAUUUUGAAUUGCAUUGUAUAUUGGAUACUAGAAAAUGCAACACUUGUAAAUUGAAUUUGUCAUCGAUCAUUUAAGACAACCUAUCUCAAGUUGAACUCCAGAAUGUGCUUUUUUUUUCCCCAAGAUAAGUUUAUACUUUCAAAUAGAUGUUAAAUUUGGCUGGUCCAAAAUUUUUGAAUUUGACUAAUAUAUUGAUUAUUUUUCUGUUCAUAUUAACUUUGUGCAUGUAUGCACACGCUUACAAGUGGGGGAGGGGAUUUGUAAGAUCCAAAAGCUGGUUUUGUCACAACAUGUUAGAUCUGAUCUAGAUCCUAAUAUCCUUCAUACCUCACCCAGUCAUCACUUGUAUCCUUUGUACCUUUGCCUCGCCUUCAACUCAGAGCCAUUUCUAGCAGGAUCCUUUCCAUGAUGGCAAUGCAAGUUCUCCUUGAACUCUUGACAAAGGAUUAGGAAAGAACAUCUUUAGACUUGGACCAAGGUGGUCACUAUGCACCUUCCUUAACUCAAAAUGAUUAGUAACUUUAUUAUUAGGGUAGCACCUUAUCUUGUCGAGGGAUUAUUCUACUAGUCUUUUACCCCGCAUCCACACGGUUAUGGGAUCAUCUUUAUUUGAAACGGAUCUAUUUCAUGGUCCAAUUAUAUGUUACAAAUCUAUUUCAAGUACCAUAUCAUUCAAAAUUUUAAAUGAUGUGACACUCUAUACCGUUAGAUCCAAAAAGUCAAAAUCUUAUCUAUGAAGUGGACCCUCUCCAUUUUCAAGUGAAAUGGAAAGGAUCCUAUUCACACACACAUAUAAACACACUAAACCCACAAUUGAGUGAUCAAUGAAACAUCCUUUUUCUAUACAUCCAUACGAAGUAAGGGUAACCAAAAGAGAGUUACAUAUUAUAGGUUUAGGUUCUUGAAUCAUUUAGCUAACUUCACUAAAAAAAAAAAAAAAAAAAAAUGGAAGUUGGGUCUUCAUAUUACAAUUAGUGAUCAGGAAACUACAAACUAAAAAACCUUAGAUUAAUCUUUUAGGCUCUGGCUUGCGUUAAAAGGGUGUGAAUGAUAUUGAACUUGUGGAAAAGAGAAAGACUUGAGGAUGAAUUGGUUCCUGAUGAUAGCAGAGGAGAAAGGAGUCAAUGGGUCAAGUGACUAACAAUGGGGGUAAGUGGCAAAUAAGGGGGCUUAUUCCAAUGAAAAUUUAGGGCCCGUUUGGUAAGAGAUUUUUAAUAAUGUUAUUAUUGUUUUGUGAAAAUAAGUGUGGGUGAAAAACUUGAGGAUGAAUUGGUUCCUGAUGAUAGCAGAGGAGAAAGGAGUCAAUGGGUCAAGUGACUAACAAUGGGGGUAAGUGGCAAAAUAAGGGGGCUUAUUCCAAUGAAAAUUUAGGGCCGUUUGGUAAGAGAUUUUUAAUAAUGUUAUUAUUGUUUUGUGAAAAUAAGUGUGGGUGAAAAAGUGUGUGAAAAAACAUGCAACGUUGUUUAAACACUAAUAAUUGUUUAAACGACAGUAAUCUAAGCAAUUUAUAUAUAAUUUAUUAAAACUAGUCUCAUCACACGCGCUUCCCGCAUGCGACAAGUCUUUUAAAAAAAAUAAAAAUAAAAACUCCGUGUUUUUUACCGAAUUGUCCAUUUGUUUUGUUUCACAUAGGGAAAUAAGAGUAUUUUUUAACUAAAAAAAAAAAGAGAAAUCCAAAUAAGGAAGCCACUUAAUAAUUGUAAAGAUAAUGAAGAAAAAAAAAAUAAUGGUUAGAGUUACCAUGAGUAGCGGAGCGGAGCAGAGCGGGUGCCAAGCUUCUAUAAGGAAGCUCUACUUCAUCAGUAGGCGUCUGGACUCUAGAUCAUACUUCUCCAGUCCACGUGUUGCGCUUCACAAGUAACCGUUUACAGCAGUAAUUUAUUCAAAAAAAAAAA